AUGAAAUCGUCAGAUGAGGAAAGACGUAGGAUCCCAAACUUCCUCGGAAGCACUGAUGCACGGAAAUGGCAAGACUCUAACAUACGCCUUCGCCAACCGCAAACUGGUAUCUGGUUUACCGAAGGCCCUGAGUUUAGACAAUGGGUCAUAGAUGAUCGAUCACAGCUUUGGAUUUGUGGGAUCGGUAGGGGAUUUUAAUGUUGCGCACCUUGUUCGCAGUUUCGCUAAUAUAGUAUGACAGCCGGCGCAGGCAAGACUGUUAUUGUGUAAGUUUCAGCACUUGAAACAGAAGUAUAAUACUGAUUUAACUAAGAGCUUCGGUGAUACAAGAACUGGAAAAGAUAACCAAUAGUUCCAACGGUACGGGUCGUACAGUAUUCUCUACAAGAUGUGAUCUAACAUAUUCUAUAGGACUGGCUUUCUUUUAUUGCGAUUACAAGAAUUCCAAAACGCAUGAGCCACUGGAAAUUCUUGGUGCUUUAGCACGGCAAUUGAUUGCACAGAACGAAGAAUGCUUUGAAGAUCUGAAACAAUUCUACGAUAAUGACCAUGAAAAAGAUGGCUCUAUCCGAAGUCCUACAGUGGAAGAUCUUUGCGACCUCAUUUCUCUGGUUUCAACUCGAUUUCGAAUGGCAAUGAUUAUUGUAGAUGGGCUGGAUGAGAUAUCCAACAAUCGGGCUGGCAUUACCCGGCAUCUAAAGUCACUCAAUGAUCGUUCCAAUACAAUCAAAACCUUGUUUGCGAGCCGUCCAGAAAUUGACAUUGGUUAUGAGCUUGAAGGUUUUUCACAAGUCAGCAUUGCCACAAAUAGCUCAGACUUGCGUUUAUACGUCACUUCGGAGAUUGAAAGACGUACUAGGGAAUGA